UGUCACGUGUCGGCCAUGCGGAUGCGGAUUGCGGAUUUCGGAUAAACAAACCAUACUUUCUGCUGCAAAAAUCGUCAAUUUAAUUUUAUUGGAGUUUGUUUACCGUAGUAAAUUUUUAUAACACAUUUAUUGACGGUCAUCUUGCUCAGAUAAAUUAUUUACAUACCCGUCCAAGAAAUAAAAAAGCUGAAUUUUGAGUAACACACAGGUCACAGGAAAAUGACUAGAUUUGCUCGAGCUGCUGGCUCAAAAGCGAGCAAUGCAAGAGUGACUGAGGAAGCAACUUCUUGGGCUGAUAUGAAAAAACAGCUUAUUGAAAGCCAGCAGGGUCAAGAGCAGAGUCAGGAAUUGCAAGAAAAAAUCAAGAGGGCGAAAAGCAAGAAGAUAGAAGAAGUCCCAAAGCAGUGGGCAGAGUUUGGUUCUGACGGUAAACUUUUACGGCCAGAUUAUUUGCAAAGCCAAAUUUCAACAUCUUCUGAAAGCAAGAAGGAAAAGCCUAAGAAAAAGAAGAAAGUUGCCAGCAACAUUUCCCCAGUUAAUAAUGUAGAAAAGAAGAAAAAGAAGAAGGUUAUCAAAAACACUUCCCAAGACGAUUAUGAAGAAAAGAAGAAAAAGCAGAAAGUGAUCAACAACGAUUCUGCAAGUGAGAAAGUAGAGAAAAAGAAAAAGAAGAAAAUUCAAGUUGAAACAGAACAAAGCAUUCCUAAUAAGAACGAAAAAUCCGACAAAUCAUUUAUGGGAACAAAAGCAGACUAUGUAGCAGGAAAAAAUCCUGCCCAGCAGCCAAAAACAGCAAAGAAGCGUCGAGCUGUAAAGGAGGCGGAGGGCCUUGAUCCGAAGCGUCGCAAACCACUGACGACCAAAAUCUAUGUUGAUGGCAGGGAAAUUGAAAUUGACUUGUAUGAUGGCUUUCCUGUGCUAAAGGAAGAUGCUGAACGUCUUAGGGAGCUGAAGAAAAAAAUGCUGAAAGAAGGAAUUCCAAAGGUUGAGGUGAUGAAGGCUAUGAAGUUGGAGCGAAGGAGAGCUGAAAAGACCCUGACUCGAGAAAAAAGGAAAGUAUGCUUUCACUGCCGCCAGUCAGGACACGUGAUGUCCGAGUGUCCAAAGCUGUCGACAGGGUCUUGCGAUGUCUGUUUCAAGUGUGGUUCUACAGAGCACAAGAGUCCUCAGUGCAAAGUCGCUCAAGGAAAUGAUUACAAGUUUGGCACGUGUUUUGUCUGUGGGGAAACUGGCCACAUUUCUCGCCAAUGCCCUGAUAACCCUCGCGGCCUAUAUCCACAGGGCGGUGGAUGUAGAGUUUGUGGAGACGUCACACACCUGAAGAAAGAUUGCCCACAAUUGGCUCAAGAAAGACAGGAGAGCACAGUGACUGUGCCAAGCGCAAAAUAUUCGACAUCGAUAGAGGCUCUAGACGAAGACAAGAAAGCAAAAACUAUCACUGUUGAAGGUCACAAAAAGAAUAAAAUCAUCAAGUUUUAAAUGUACAAUUAAAUAAAACAUGAAGUAUUUCUAUCAA